AUGAACAGCGAGAUGCCUCAGCACGAGCACUGCGCAACCACAUCAGCGGCGCAGGACAAACGCUCGCCUCGAUCCGCACGAAAAGCGACCAGUCACACGGACGAUCUAGUGCACAAGCGAUCAGCAGAGACCGUUGGUACUGCAGCUGUUGCACGCGCGGGCGGUAGCAAGAGGUAUGCCAGCGAGUGUGCCGAUGGCGCUCGAGCUACUACCGGUGGACGCGAAUCGAUUGCGACUGCUAGUGAACAGACGCGUGAGAGCUGUGGGGAUUUAGACGGGGAUAAAGAGUGUAGAAAAGGAGACGACAGCAGUGUUUGUGAACUGAAAAGCUCGAGAAGCUCUGCUGAGCGAAGGGCGGUACAAAGUGUCCAUCAAGUGGUCGCAACGAGCCUGAAGGAGGCUACUGGAGCGACGACGGACAGUCGACAAGAAGUGGAAAAACGAGAUGGCAAUGAGCGUUAUGCGCGCGGGGAAUAUGCAGCUGCGAUCGAGAGCUAUACGCGCUGUUUGGACUGCAACUUGCAAAAUGCAGUAGUCCUGUCGAACCGCGCCAUGGCGUACUUGAAGAACCAAGAGUUUGUCAAAGCGGAAGACGACUGCACGUCGGCUCUGAAGAUUGAUCCGACGCAUGUCAAGUCUUAUACACGCCGGGGCACAGCACGCAACGCGUUGGGAAAACAUCGACUUGCGCUGCUCGAUUUCCACCACGCUGCAACUUUGGACCCCAGAAGCCGUCAAAUUCAAGCUCAGCUGCAAUCGACUCGAGAGCUCCUUCGCACAGCAAUUAAACGCUCUCCGAAACGCACAGGAUUUGCAAUUGAAGUUGCAAGUGGGAGUGGACCGGGUCACGCUUGCAAGCCGAAACGUGCUACGUCCGAGGAGAAGAACUGCGGGUUGCAACAGCCGACGCGCUCGUCUUCUGGCACAAAGCGGGAUUCCUCAAUAUCGCAAGAAUCGUCCGCCUCUCGGCUAGCUCAGGACGGGACAUUGCGAGCAACGUCAUCGACAAAGGGCCCGACGAAGAGACCAAUGAUUCUGCCCAAGCUUCCCAACAACGCGCCGGCCACUUCCUACGAGUUCAAUCGAGUGUGGAAGACAUUUGCUUUGCGUGGAGACGCAGAUCAGAAAAGUCAGAGGCUCAAUUUGCGCGCUGAUUAUCUGCGCAUGAUCGACCCCGCGACGCUUUGCAGCGUCUUCAAGACUUCGAUAGAGUCCGACGUUCUAUGUGACGUCUUCCGCGUCUUCCGUCAUGUCUUGCUAUCCUCGUCAAAGGUCAGCUCGUUUGCGCACGUUGGCGCUGCGUCAUUUGUGCUUGCAUUUGCCAGUGAGCUAACGAACGUGACGCGCUUCGACAUGACAGUCAUGCUUUUGUCAGAGAAUGAGAAAGCAGACAUAGCAUGGGUAAUCCAGCAUUUGGAAGGGCUAGCCAAGAAUGACAACGAUAUCCAGGAGCAUGCAGUGGCAGACCUAACGAAGCUGUACAAGUUGCAAUGA